AUAUAAGAGCAUUUGCUCCCCAGUGCCCCCUCACACACACUCAGUGUGUUUGCUGGGAAGGGGAUAGUCCAGGGACUCCAGGGGAUUAUUAUACUGUCUUCACCUGCCUGCAAAGGAGCUGUUUCCCUCUCUGGGGAUUCUAAUAAAGGUUUUCUUCUCAACAACAUAUCUGUAGCAUCUCCCUCCAACAUAACAACAACCAGCACAAGGAAACCAUGAGCACCAACUACAACGUCACUCUCUCUGGCCCGGCCCCCUGGGGCUUUCGGCUACAAGGCGGAAAAGACUUCAACCUGCCUCUCACCAUCUCCAGGCUUAACGACAGCGGUAAAGCGGCCAAAGCUGGUGUCGCUAUCGGAGACAAAGUUCUGUCCAUCGAUGGCAUCGCCACUGACGGGAUGAACCACCUGGAGGCCCAGAACAAGAUCAAGAACUGCACGGGCAAUCUCAGCCUCACCCUACAGAAAGUCACCAGUGCCUCCAAGGCUCCUCCAGUGGCACCCAAGGUGAACAGAUGUGACAUCAUAAAACCUUUGGUCAUCACACCCACCCCCUCCCCACCCAACAAGACCCUCAGACCUUACGGGGAUUGCGGGUCAGACCAUCCUUGGCGCCCAUCCCCGGACACUUUCAUCCUGUCCCCGUCAUCCGCCUUCACCCCCGCCUCCUCGCACCCUCAACCUCCUUCCUCGCCCCCCGUGGGCCCGCCCCACUCUUCCGUGUACAACACACCCAUCCACCUCUACUCCACUGAGAAUGCCUGUGAGGUGGCCAUGGGACAAAGGCGAGGCCUAGUUGAGAAUCAGGGCGGACAAGCCUUUCAUGGGCCUCCCCGCAGACACAUUGUGGACACAGACAUUCAAUUCUACCACGUGCCCUCUCAUGCCGGUGCCAGCCGGAAGCGCAUCAUGGAGGACACGGAGGACUGGCGCCCGCGCACCGGGACCACCCAGUCCAGAUCCUUCAGGAUUCUGGCCCAGAUUACGGGCACCGAGAACUCUCAAGCUCAAGCAGAAGAAGCAGACACAGCCAAAAAGACAAAUGAAGAGCCUGAGCCCAGCAGCCACGAGUCGGCUACUGUCAAGACCAUGAUCAAAUCACCCGCAACAACUCAAGGUGUCAGUCCACAGUGUGGUUUAAUCACACCAUCCUUUGGCGUCAAGUCCAAUGGCAGCAUGCCAAUGUGUCCUGCCCCUGUCCGCCCUGUGCCUCGGGCCCACCCUAAAGACGAGGAUUCACUGGUGCAAAUGGCAGAACAUUACCCUGCCGGGACUCGCACACCCAUGUGUGGCCACUGCAACAAGGUCAUCAGGGGACCUUUUUUGGUGGCAAUGGGCAAAUCAUGGCAUAAAGAAGAAUUCAAUUGCGUUCAUUGCUGCACGUCACUGGCUGACAUCGGCUUUGUGGAAGAGCAAGGCCGCGUUUACUGCGAACACUGCUAUGAAGACUUUUUUGCGCCCACAUGUAGCCGCUGCCAGGCCAAGAUACUGGGGGAAGUGAUCAAUGCCCUCAAGCAGACGUGGCACGUCCACUGCUUCCUGUGUGCUUCCUGUCAGCAGCCCAUCCGAAAUAACACCUUCCACCUGGAGGAUGGCGAACCUUACUGCGAGCAAGACUUCUACAGAUUGUUUGGCACGGGCUGCCACGGCUGCGAGUUUCCCAUCGAGGCGGGAGACAAGUUCCUGGAGGCGCUGGGCUACCCGUGGCAUGACACCUGCUUUGUGUGCACCGUGUGCUCCACCACUCUGGAGGGUCAGACGUUCUUCUCCAAGAAAGACAAGCCUCUUUGCAAAAAGCAUGCACACACACUAAAAAUCUAACUUUUUUUUUUUAUUUGGCAAUGAUGAUUUAUUUGGA